UAUUAUGCGCCUGUAAUGAUACUGUAAGAUGACACCAGAGAGUGUGCGCCUUCUCCCUCGUUCUUUAUCGCUGUCAUUCUCCCUUCAGCUCUCUCUCCCUCUGUCUCUCAUUUGACAGUAAUGUUUGUGUUAUUACAUGCAGAACAAGCAAGUGAUGUUCAACUGUCCAGGCUGUUUUGUAGCCUGUAUGUUUUAUAGCCUGACCUUCCAUCCUCAUGGUUCCGUAACAGAGCUUUGCAGCAGAACAUCGUGCUAUGUAUGUACGUAUGCAUGCAUGUUAGUGUGUGUGUGUCUGUGUGUGUGUCUGUGUGUGUGUCUGUGUGUGUGUCUGUGUGUGUGUGUGUGUGUGUGUGUGAAUCUGUCCCCUCAGGACCUUAAAUAGCAAAGCACUGAGGUGAGGGGGGAGGGGAAGUCAGAAGCACAGGCAUGGAAACGUGCAGAUCCUGUUACAGGAUCAUAAUAUCACUGAUGAUUCAGCGCACAUUCGCUUGCUCGUUCGCUCAUUCACUUGCUCGUGCACCACUUUUUUGCGCACUCGCACGCUCGCUCAUUCAUUUGUCCUGUAGGUCUUUCAUCCACUCAUGCAUGCACUCACUCACUCCCUCAUUCACACGUUCAUUUCAUCCACAGAAAGUUCUCCUCUGCUUCUUCACUAACUCAUUCAUAUGUAGUCAUAUGUACUAUUGUGGAGGAAGUGCAUAAACAAUACAAUGAGUUAUAUAAAGACAAAUGCGAAGUGUUAUCCUAUAUACUGUCGGAAGGUUUUAAAACCUUUGCAGAUGGAGUGGAAGGAGAAACUCGGUACAAUGAAGCAUUGAGAUGAGCAUGCUUUUCACACAUUUUAUCCAUGUAGUCUGGUCCUUCACAUGAAAUUUCUCUUGUGUGCUGCUAAGUAUACAUUUUGCAGGCAGCCUAGAAGCACUAAAGUGUUUCCAGCCUCUGCUCUGACAGCCCUGUGUUCUCCUGUCCAAAGGCCCCAGCCUUGCUUUUACACUAAUUCUGGACUUAUCCGGUGCUCUGUUUCACACGCUUAGCUACUGCCAGGAGUGGUAUCCAGGAAGUGAGCCGCAGCUGAGCCAUGCUUUUAAAGCUGCGCUGUAAAAUCAAGCCAUCUUCCACUAGUUUACAACACGAUUAAAGAAGAAAGAACAAGCGCUCCUUUAACAUAGCGUCUUUUCACAAUGUUAUGUAGAGGACGCAUGGAAACAGGGUCAUUUCCAAGCGCUGGUGCAGCAGUGAUGGAGAGGCAGUUUGCGGUGUGUUCCUCAGUGUCUCUGUGUCUGAGGGAACAGAGUGUGCUGAGUGAGGCGGGAACACGGCGCUCCCCACUCACUCCCUCUCUCUUUCUAUGCCCUCUCUCCUCCUUUGUCACUUUCUCGCUGCUUGGUUCCAGGUCAGAGGCAAUAGGUAGUGGUAGGCCUUUUUAACACCAAGCCAAAACAAACUUUCCCUCCCUAAAUCCCAACCUUAACCACUACAAAACAAACUACUAAACAUUUAUUGCUCCCAUACUGUCCUAGUCCUGGCUCUUCUUCUGUACUUUCUCAGUGACCUUUCACCCUAGAGAUGGAGGGAAGAGGAUGGAGGAGGAGAAAAAGGAGAAGAGGAAUGUGCAGGGUGGAGUAGUAAUGGCGCUUCAGUGCUGCACAUAUCUGUCUCCACUCCUCGUAGUGAGUCACAGGGACCUGUUCAGCUGCCCUGACAUUUUUUUUCUCAGCAGUUCUUGAAAAGGGACUUUGAUUUGUUUUCUUCCCUGCUCACAACUUGUGUCAUGAUUUUAUUUAUUCUUUGUUUUUCUCUUGGCAUUAAUGUAUCCAGCCAUCAUGAAUUCCACAACAAAGUUUGUUUCUCUGUUUCCACCAAACACCAAACAUAAAGGAAGAGGGCAGUAAAUCAGAAGAAAACCACUAACUUGAAUCAUGUUCCUUCCCUGUUUCCACUGACAUGCCAACAGCUGCCCAGGCCGAUGAGAUGGCUAGCAGGCUACAUAGUAUUUAGUUUUUCUCAGUCAGUUUUUACUCUUGCACUUUUUUAAAGAGUAUGUUUACUUUUUUAAAUUUAAAUAUCGUCCACUUUGAACACAAAUGGUAAUUUGACUUAUUUGUGUGAUAUUUCAUCUUUCAGAGCUGUUCUCCUGCAUCUAUAUAACACAACUUUUUCUAAUCAACAGAAGCAAAAGAACUGGAAGAAUGUAUUACUGAAUGACCUAUGUGCACCCCGUUUUUUAUUUCUUUCUCUUGAAAGUUCUGUUUAUCUAUUCAUUUCUGACUAACGUGCGUUGUGUCUGUGAGCAGUGGAAUUCACACAGCGACAGGAGACAGAACUUGUUUUGCUUUCCAACACACAUUUUUCUGUUUCAAAUGCUUUGCCUCAGAAGCUGUACACCAACACAAAACGUUUAUUUUUUUUCUUUAAGUUUGCUCAUCCCCACCUCCUUCUCUCUCUCCCUUCUCUUUCUCCCACCCUUCUCGCUCCCUCUUUGUCAUCUCUCUGGGCGGAUUCCCAGCUGACCAUGUUUGUCAUGGUAACAGGCAGCGAGGCAACAGGCCCAGCCACUUGCACUUCCUGACUGAGUGGAAAUGCCUGACAGAGGUGCGCCUGCGCGCUGUUUGCUUGCUUGUGUGCGUGCGUGCAUGCGUGUGUGUGUGUGUGUGUGUGUGUGUGUGAGCACACAGACAGGGCCAGGGUGCACGAAGCUGUCAGCCUGGAUUAGGUUCAAGCACACUGCAAUGCUGCCUACUGCUACUGGGCUUCACUUUAUGGUAAUGAGGAGAGGCCUCGGGAACAGGAACAGGCUUCUUUCUCUUCUCUCUCUCUCUCUCUCUCGUGCGUGCGUGCAAGCACGCUUUUUUCUUUCUCACUCUCUGUCUCUGUUUUUUCCUCUCCGUUUCUCUCUUUCCACUACUGGUUUAAGUUCUGCUUCUUGCUCUCUUUCACACUCUCUCCUUAUCUUUGUGCUUUUACCUAGAUAACAGCGCUCAUGGUUGUUUUCCUGCCCAUGCCCUUUAAUAAAUGUGUUUACACUGACAUGAAGAAUACAUACAUAUAUAUAUAUAUAUAUAUUUUUGAAAAAAAUCAUUGUGUUUUUCUGUAGCAUUAUAGCAUGGAAUCGAGUGUACCAGGUUAGAACUCUUAAUGAAUAGGUUCAGAGCAGCAUGUAAAAAUGCACAGUGAGAACCGAGCUUGUCACUGGAGUAGUGUGAGUGAGACUGCACCCUCAAGGUAUAACAUGCAUGCCAUUAGUCCAAUAUGGACCCUAUAUGUUAGUAUGUUACGUAAACACUUACAACACACAAGCACCUGGGCCAUUCUGGCUAUGUAAAAUGUUUGUACUACUAUAUGUUUUACUCAUGACAAAUUCAUGACAAUUCUCUGCUUCUUCACAGUCAGACUUACAAGUCAGGUGGAAAAUGCAAGUCACGCCAUAUGCAGUGCAGGUAUUUUCAAACCCUGUAAACACACAGUAUUCUCAAUAGCCUGAAGAGUAUACAGUCUAAAAAAUGAAUAAUACCAGCAUUAAAGCGCAGCAUAAUCAUGAGACUUGUAAUUCCGAUUGUGUUUGCAGAGAAGAGGACCUAAGUCUAAUCAUAUGUUGUAAAAAGUGGACAAAGCUCAAUGUGUUAUGCAGUGACAGAAAUUUGAGAAAAGUUGUGGCAAAUAAGUUGCAUGUAAGCUUUUUUCUGUGAGUCCGGGCUACUUGAGAAAUGAGGCUCAUGUUUUCCAAAUUUACUAAAAAAGGGACUUCCAUGCUUAUUAUUCAAUUAUCGAUCUAAAACUGAAGGAAAACAUUAUGCCGUAUAGGAAAAUGCCCAGACGUCUAUCUUUCCUCACAGAACACCACUGCAUGUCGAAGCAUCUCCUUUGAGGUCAUUUUAUUUAAGUUUAUUACUUUAAAGUUGUUGGUGGUGCCAUAUUUCCUGAUGUUGGUUAUUCUCAGCCGUUCAUUCUCUAUUCAUUAAGUCAUUAGCAUGCAAGUUAGUGAUAUAACUAGCAGCAAGCAGCUAAGUGGCAAAGCAUCAAGCCAGAUUCCUCAGGCAUUCAUUAAAAAUUUUGACUGUAUAAACUGAACAAAAUAUUUGUAAGCAUUAGUAUUGUAAGUACGGUGAAAGGGAAUGUGGAAUAUAGUUAUGACCUUGAGGAAUAAAAAAGCACAUAUGUCUAAUUACUCAUAAAAUAUACAAAACUGUCAUUAUGUAUGUUUCAUGUUGGAAGUUAGUAAUUAAUGUUUUAACCAGAUUAUUAUAAUAUUAACCUUUGUCCAAACUCCCCCCUCCCCUUUCCCAUUCUCACACUAUUGUACCGGUCUCUCUCUGUCUCUCUGACUCUUGCUGCUCUCUCCACAGCGCUGUACUGUUACAACAUGGCGGCCCCUGUGAUGGGCUGUAAAUCAGGUGCAUAUUGUGCUGGUACAGUAGCUGAGAGCUCUGUUUCCUAACAUGGGGAAUGAGAGCAGCUUCAUCGCAGCCCCUUUCUUUUGCCCAGCAUGCUGUUCUGCCUUUUCCGCUUCCUCCUCUUUGUGCAUACUGGAGUAAUGCACAACACUGCGUUUUUCGUAUUGCACACUGACACAACGAGCUCUUACUGAAAGUCUGACACACACUUGCCUCCCUCUCUUAGCAGCAAGUCUCAGGAAGCAGUAGUCAGAACAGGAUUCCUGUAAUUGCCCCUGUUUCAGUGCACUGUCUUCAAGUGUGAAUAGUUCUGUGUGGUGAUUAAUAAUUUGAGUGAAUCAUAGCAGUUUGAAGAGUUUGGUUUUGCAUAAACUCCUUUCCCCUUGUUGUGUUACCUUAUCUGUUUGGCACAGUUGUAACAUGAGUCGCUGUGUGCUCUUUCUUCUCUGCGGCCACCGUACAGAUAUUGUAGACUCUCACCCCAGUGGAGGCUCAGAAUGCUAAUAUGAUGACAGCUUGCGGGCCAAUGUCAUGGCAACAAAGCUACAAUCUGAUAUAUGUUGGGUAAAGGAGCAAAGCGGAAGCUAGACGAGGAUGAUGAGGGAGUGGAAGGCAAAGCGCUGGCGAUGGCUGACGGGCUCUCCAAGGUCUCAUACACUCUGCAGAGGCAGACCAUCUUUAACAUCUCACUGAUGAAGCUGUACAGUCAGCGAGCGCUGACUGAGCCGAGCCUAGAAAAGCGUGUGCUCAUCAACAACAUGUUGCGGCGCAUUCAGGAUGAGCUGAAGCAGGAGGGUAGCCUGCGACCACUCUUCUUUCCUCCCUCUCCUCCUCCAGACCACCCAAUGGAUGAGGGAUUCCGGGAAGCACAGCCUGCUUUUGGUGUGCUCUCUGUGGUGGCUCAGCCACCUGUGCUAUCCCAGCAGCCCGCAGUCCCACCUCCGUCCCCGGCUUUAGCCACCCCCACGCCGCUGGAUGCUUGCCUCACCCCGGCUUCUCUGCUGGAAGAGGACAGCGCUGUGUUUUGCACUUCUCCCUCUUCACUCCAUCAUUCUCCAUCCAGACUCCGCCCCCCCAUGGCCACUGACAGCUUCUCCUCGGCCCUGGAUGAAAUCGAGGAGCUAUGUCCGUCAUCCACAGCAGCAGGGUCUAUCACUACCUCCUCAAUUACCGUGCCCCUUCCCAUGCCCCUCCAGCCCUCCAGCCAGCCCACCACAGCCUCAGACUCCAAAAACUGCACCAAAUCCUGCAGUUCAAAGCCAGAGGGGCCGAGCCCAUUAGCUGUGGAGCGGUUAAUAACAGGUACAGCAGGUACAGCAGCUACUGAGCCCAGAGGGAUGGACACUCUCCCUACAAGUGGCUUGGACAUGAGCACUUUGCCAUCCUCCUCCUCUUCCUCAGGCUUCCUCACUGAUCUGGCCCUGGACGAUAUUCUCUUUGCCGACAUCGACACCUCCAUGUAUGAUUUUGACCCAUGCACUUCGGCAGCAGGGGCCUCCCCAUCCAAACUAUCGCCUGUGGUGACGGCUGAUGACCUCAUCAAGACUUUAACCCCUAACCAGCCUUUUAAAAUGGACCUCACUGAGCUGGACCACAUCAUGGAGGUGCUGGUAGGAUCGUGACCAUAUGUGGCUGGGAAUGCAAAAAUAAAUCAUUUUUUUUAGACGCAAAUUUUAAAAACUCUUAAAUACUUAUCUCUGUGGGUGUUUUGUACAGUUUUUAUUUUUAAGGCAAGGCAAUUGUUAUAAUGAGUCAUGAUGUCACCCAGUACUACUUUUCAACACUGUGCAUGCACUGUGCUCGCCUUUUCCAAAUAUGAACAUGAAGGAACACACUUGGCUUCUGUCAGAUUCAAGUGCCUUCAUCAAAAAUGACCACUUGGUAAAUUCCUGUCUUUUUUUCUAUAGUCUGUAUUUAAUUUCUCUAAUAAGCAGAGAAGGAGUAGCAGCUCUCUUUCCCCUCCAUAAACGUACAGGUGCAAGAAUGUGCUUGACCAAGUCUAUUUUCGUAUAACUCUCAUUUUCAUAAAGCACAACAAAUUUAAAAGAGGAACUUGGUUUAUGUGCUUCUUUUGUGUUGUUCUACAUAUGUUAAUAUUAUAAAGAAAUAUUUAAGUGAAUUCACUUUAAAUUUAAUUUUGUGAAAUAACUUUUACUCUUUAGGAUGAAAUGGACAUGCUUUUCCCCAGCUGAUGUGUUUAUAGAUGAGCUUGAUAUGAGAAUUACCUUUAAACAUAUUUCAGAUGAUUCUGCAAUGGCGAUUUGGUUCAUGCAAUAACAAUUCGUGCAUUUCUUCUAACGUGACAAGGAGUUCUCUUUCUCAUCUGGGAAAAAAAAGUCAAGGUUAAGUUCCUUUAUGCGAUGCAAAUGCCCUUAACUGCCACCGCCUUUAUUUUCAGGUUUCCAAACAUUUUUUUUUUACAUUAAUGUAAUUUUCUGUAAAAAAAAGACACUAUCUUAUAGAAAGGGCCUGUAUGUGCUUGAUAAUGCAGUUUCAUUCAUUUCAUAAUUUAUGUCAUAAGCAUCUUCAAAUUAACAAUUUUUUUUUUUUUUAAAUCAGAAACAAAACAUUUUCUACUUCUAACAGUGGCAUCAUGUUUGCUUGUUUUAUUAAGUGAGCAUUUCCCUCACCCUCUCUUUCCAGCGGUACAUUAUUCAUAUUGCAUGCAAGAAUGCAUCAUAACUGUACAAAAGCAAGCUGUAGGAUUUUAGGCAAGUGGGUUUUAUUUAAUCUUAUCCAUAGUGUUGGUUAUGUUUUGCCAAUGGUUACCAUGUCCUGUCUUGGCUCCUUGUUAUCUCUCUUGAUGGUUUUGGACCAAUUCAAAUGGUCAGAACAACUGGGUAUAAAAACAUGUAAAGAUUUUAAAUUUGAAACAUGAGUAAGUGAGGCUUGUCACUGUUAAUGUUCAAAAUACCAGAGAUUUUUAUUUUUUUCUUAUUCUUGAAUAUUUGCAUUACCAGUCUUGAUUUCAUGGUUAAAAAUCCUGUGUGUGCAACAAAACCCGACAAAAUCUGAAACCCACUGCAAACCACUUAAUGCAAUCAAACUGGAUGUAGGGGAUUUAGACUUUGUGUUUUCAGUUCAUUUCUGACUAAACACAUCAUACAUGUGCAAAGGGACCAUUUGUCAUAUCAGCUGCUUAGUGUUAUAGACCUGUUUACUGGAGAGUGCUGUUAAUCAGUGAUGACUUUGAAACAAAUAUCAUUUCCUGUCACAGAUUUCAAAAGCAUCUUAGCUAUUUAGAUAGAUACACAUAGGCAUUAUCAGACAGUGAACUGUAAUACUAGUUCUUUACUAGUGUGACCAUUUUAGAUAUGGGAUUCAAACUUUCUAUUUACAGAGAAGCCUUCAGUGGGAGUAACGGAUCACAUCCUAUAGUGCUCAAGAGAUUAUAUAAGAAUUUGAAAAGAUGACGAUCAGGAGAAUAUAAAGCCAAGCAGGCAAUACUAUUCAUUUCUAAUUAUAAUUACUGAUUAUUUUAAGUUGUUUGGAUUUGGAGUGAUUUUUGUUUUAAAUUAUUUAUUUUUCAUUUCCUGUGUAAAUAUAUUUAUUUUUGAUGUGAAUCUACCAUCUGGAUUGUAAUGUGUACAGAAUGUAUGGUAGGAAUGUACUCUGCUUAUAGGAAUGUAUUAUACAAUGAAUUGGGUUGGAAGCCAUCUUUUUCUGUUUUGAAAGUGUAUUAUUAUUAUUAUUAUUAUUAUUAUUAUUAUUAUUAUUAUUGUUUCUGUUUUGUUUCCUAUAUUAUAAUUUUGGGGUGCUGUUUGUGGCAGUGUUUAGGUCUACACUCCCUACCCCUGUUUAAAUAUUAAGUAUUUAAUAUCUAUGUACUUCAUAGUGUGCAAGGGAAAAAAUUGUGAAGCAAUACUUUAUUCUCUUCGGAAAACUUCUGAGGUUCAGACUCCAAAGCUUAUUUUUAGGAAAGUCUAUCUAUAACCCUCAAUGCCAAAACAUAUGAAGAGCAGAAAUGAGUGCGUUGUGAUGCCGGUUACUGUUAGUAUGACAUGGUGUCUCCCUGAUUUCAGCCUAUACCCCAGACCAGCUGUUUGGGGAAAUAUAACGAGUUCGGUGGUUUUCGAGAGAAACCACCAGGAGCUGAUAGGGGUUGUUUCUGUGUGUGUUUGGGGGGUGGGGGUAGGAGGGUUGGGGUCAGAAAGAGAGGCUGUAUUUUUCACAGACCUUGGGAGCUGUGCCUUUUCUAUGCAAUUACCAACAUAUUCAUUUUGAGGAAAACCCACCCACCAACUGAUGAUCACUGUAUUUAAAAAGGUGUGGACUGUAGAAUAUAUAUAUAUAAAAAAUAUGGACAGGUGUCUAUGAAUUUGAAACAGUCUUACUUUUGUAGUUUUAUAUCAUACAAUAAACUAUUCAAAUGAAAAUGAA